AGCCAGACCACCAACCACGACGGGAAGCAAAGAAAGCCGCCCCCAUCACCAUCGAAGAAGACACGGAGUGACGGGGCUCAGCUCAGCACAUCAGCUCAGCUGGGACGGCGAGGAUGGGCACCGAUGCGAUGCAGCUCCCAAAGAUCGACUUCUCCGGCGUGGACCCGUCGGCGCCGGGCACCGGCACCUGGUCGGCGGUGCGCGCCCAGGUGAUGGACGCGCUGGCCACGUUCGGCUGCUUCGACGCGGAUUUCCCGGCCCUGACCCCGGAGCAACGUGCCGCGCUCUUCGACGGCGCCGUGAGGCUGCUCUUCGCGCUGCCCGUCGACGCCAAGCGCCGCAACUACCACGGCGCCGACAAGCCCUUCCACGGCUACCUCGGCGGCAUCCCGGGCUACGACGGCUACGAGAGCCUCGCCAUCGUGGACGGCACCAAGCCCGAGCCCGUCCGCGACUUCGCCGGCCUCAUGUGGCCCGACGGCGGCAGCAACGACGGCUUCUGCAAUGCCGUCCAUGGCGUGGCGGCGCGGAUCUUUGAGCUGGAGGAGGCGGUGCGGAGGAUGGUGAUGGAAGGGCUCGGGGUGGCCAAGUACCACGACGCUCUGAGCGCGUCGACGUGGCACCUGUUCCGUAUGUCGGAGUACCAGGCGCCCAGCGCCGCGGAGAAGACGGUCAGGUUCGGGUCGCAUCAGGACACCAAUCUGCUCAGCAUCGUGUGCCAGCACGAGGUGGAGGGGCUGGAAAUGCAGACGAGGGACGGGCAGUGGGUCCUCGUCAAGCCAUCGCCGACGUCGCUCGUCGUCAUGGUCGGCCAGGCACUCCGGGCAUGGACAAACGACCGCUUGCACGCACCAUUUCACCGGAUUUCUGUCGCCGGGGAUGUCACCAGGUACUCUGCCAUGCUGUUCUCCGUCCCGAAUUUCAAGAUUCAGGCGCCAGAUGAACUUGUGGACGACGAGCACCCUCCCCGUUUCAAGCCUCAUGACAACAACGACUACAUCCGCUACUGUGUUUCUGAAGAAGGUGCUCGCCAGGAAGAUAAGCUCAAGGCCUUCUGCGGAGUAUAGGCAGCAACAGACAUCUGGGCGAGCAAUCUGUCCGGCCGUUUGGCAUUCGUUUUAUCUGAGCACGUCAGAGAUGAGAGGUGCAUCUGCAGGCUGGAAAGUUUAGGGAGGAUGCCCGUUUCAUUUCUUGAAUUCCGAAACAUGAACAAUCUGGUGCCUUGGCAUUGGCAAGCAUGAAAGAAAUGAAUAAAUUUAUUCUGAGUUUUCGCA